AUGUCAGCAAUGGAUAUAGAUACUGAAGUUUCAACAGUCUUGGCUACUAUUAGACUGGAAUCUGAAAAUGCAGAAUUGAUCAAUACUGUUUUUCAAUUGGAAGAUUUUUACGAACGUAAAUUAUGGCACCAAUUAACUGAAGUUUUAGAUCAAAUAUACUAUCACUUUGAUUCUACGAUAAUUACUCCAGACUUGAAAAAUAAAUUCUAUAAUUUGUUUAUUAGACAAUUUCAAUCCAAGUUGAAUCCAAUUAAAGUGGUUGAUUUUUUGUUGGAAUCCUAUGAAGAUAAUGAACAAACUUUGGACACUUUGUUGACAUUAAAGACUGAUUUUAUAACUAAUUUAAAGAAAGAACACAAUUUUAAAGAUGAAGAGGAUCCAGAAUUUAAAAAAUUAGUUGAUGAGGAUGAGGCCAUUAUUUAUGUUAAAUUACAAAUUGCUCGUUAUUAUUUACUUUUGAAUAAAUUGAAUGAUGCUGAAGAUAUUUUAACUGAAUUAUCAUCUAAAUUUGAAAAUUUGAACAAUAAUUUGAAUUCUAAAAUUAAUGCUGCUUAUUAUUUAACAAAGAGUGAACAUUGCAAGAUUUUAAGUAACUACAAUGAUUACUACACAAAUGGAUUGUUGUAUUUAUCAUCAGUUAGUAAUUUGAAUGCAGAAGAAAAAUCUAAAUUAUGUUAUGAAUUAUGCAUUGCUGCAUUAUUGGGUGAUAAGAUAUACAAUUAUGGAGAAUUGAUUUCUCAUGAACUUGUCAAGGAUAUUCAUGAAAAUGAAGUAGAGUUUAAAUUGGUUAAUUAUUUGAAUGAAGGUAAUUUGCUAGAAUUUAACAAAUGGUUAGAAAUUGCAUUUAACAAAUCACCAUUUUUGAAAGAACAUGAAUUGUUUUUAAGACAAAAAAUUAUUAUAAUGGCAUUAUUAGAAUUGAUAUCUACUAAGUCAACAACUAACAAGCAAUUGACAUUUAAAGAAAUUAGUGAGUUUACUGGUACUCCAUUGAAUGAUGUUGAGCAUUUGAUUAUUAAAUGUUUUUCAUUGAAUUUAAUUCAAGGCUAUAUUAACCAAUUACAAGAAUUGUUGAUUAUUACUUGGUUACAACCAAGAAUUUUGAACUUGAAUCAAGUGAAAACUUUGUAUAAUCAUUUGGUUGAAUGGGAUAAUAAGGUUGAAGAAUUAGGUAAAACAGUAUAUGAGAAUGGUGGUACUGUUUGGGCUGGUAUGUAA